UCCCGCCUGGAACAAUCGUUUGUCAACAGUGUUGUCUGUUCAGUGUAUAAUUGUCCGGAUACCUCCUCCGUACACUAUUUUCCAGAAUGGCUGCAAACGACCAUGACUCCCAUUCAGACGACACUAGUUUCACCGAAGAGGAGCUCCAGCAGGCGAUGUGUGUGCUGGCUGGGAGCGACCCAGAAAACUGCUCCUAUUCCCGGGGUUAUGUGAAGAGGCAGGCAGUGUUCGCCUGCAACACUUGCACUCCGGCUGCUGCAGAGCCUGCUGGCGUCUGUCUGGCCUGUGCCAAUAAAUGCCACGAUGGACAUGAUAUUUUUGAGCUGUAUACCAAAAGAAACUUUCGCUGCGAUUGUGGAAAUGGCAAGUUUGGAGAUUUCAAGUGCCAGUUGAAUCCAGCCAAAGAUGAGGAAAACAAUAGAAACCACUAUAACCACAACUUCAGUGGCUGCUAUUGCACAUGUGAAAGACCGUACCCAGACACAGAGCAGCAGGAUGAAGAUGAGAUGAUUCAAUGCGUGAUCUGUGAGGACUGGUUUCAUAUGAGGCACUUGGGCUGUGCUGUGACUGAACCAGAAGAGCUGGAAGAGAUGGUGUGUGAGGCCUGCAUGAAUAAAGCUCCUCUCUUGUGGACAUAUGCUGCACACUUUGCAGUACAACCUGUGAUCAAAGUCAGUUGUAAUGAAGAGGAGGAGAUGGACGUCAAGGUCGAGGUUGAGGAGGAAAACUGUGAGCAAAAUGAAAGUAGGAAUGAAAAAACAACCUCCAGUGCUGAGCACACAGAGCAAGAGGAAAUGAGAAAGAGGAGCUCCCCUUGCAAACGAACACAUAAGGAAAUGGCAGGCAGCCCUUUAAAGGCCACAACCAAAAGUGAAGUGUGCAGGCUGAAGGAGCUGCAGGCGCAGGGGACAGACAGGCUGAGACAAGGAGCAGUGUUCUGGCCUUACAGCUGGCGCUCCCAGCUCUGCACCUGCACAAGCUGCAAGAAGGCCUAUGUGGCUGCAGAAGUGCCGUUUCUCAUGGAUCUAUCCGACACUGUUUUGGCCUAUGAGAAGAAAGGAUUCGAUGAGCCAUUUGGGAUGCACCCACUAAUAGCCCUGACGAGCUCGAUGGACCGAGUGCAGCAGCUGGAGGUCAUUUAUGGUUUUAACGAGAUGACAGCCUCAAUCGACACGUUUGUACAGCAGCGCACUUCUGAAGGAAAGGUGAUCACAGCGGAAGAUGUACAUGAAUUGUUCGAGGAGCUGCGUGCCAGAAAGAAACGCAGAACCAGUGCAGAGGAUUAGUAACGAGGAGUCUGUGCUGCUGCCAUCGUGUGCUGGCUUCACAUGGUGCUUUGAAUAAAAGAGAUGGCCUCUUUUCUGUCCAAUAAACUGUCUUGCCUGCAACUACUACUGUGCUGUUAAAGCUUGAGUUUGAUCUGAAUAAUAAGUUAAGUUUACAAAUUUUGUUUACCUAAAUUGAUGCCUUAACUCUGAAACUGUUCACAAAAACUUACUUGAAACAUUCAUAGAUAUUGCACACUGGCGCCUUCUAGUUGUUCGCCUACGUUUACAAAUAUGACACAAAAAUGUUAAGAAUGCAGUUUUGAGUUUUUUGCCUUUUUUUGUGGUGGGAUUGAAUUUGUGUGAAUACCAUGUGCCAAAUAAAAUAAAUGACCACUUUUAUGGUGAA